GGCCAUCUGGAGAGUCAAAGUGCCUUGCCGUCCCUCGCCAUACAGCUCAAUGUAAUUCAACACCUAGAACACCACUCUCGGCCUGUCUAGACGCAAUUUUCGCGUGUCGCACAACACCUCGCCCAGCUCCUCGUUGUCCAAGAAAACACCUCCGCACGCAAUCCCACACAACGGCGAUGAAGACGUCAAAACCACCUGCCUCCGACCCCUCAUCGAGUCGCAGAGCCCAGCCUUUACGUCAGACUCGAAACAAUCCUCCUCGGGCCUCAAUCUCAGGCGCUCGACCCUUUGGCCCACGAGGGUCCAUCAGCGGCGGGCUAGAAGAACAAUCGAUCGAGAUCUUUCCCGCGAUCACACACUUCGCAGAUGCAAUCACGGCUCUGCCCAAGGAACUUGUGCGACACUUUACACUCCUCAAAGAAGUUGAUGCGAAGAUCUUUGCUCCGGAAGAAGAUCUGGGCAAGCUGGUCGACGCCGCGCUUAACGCCCCUCCACUCCAGCGACCACAAGCAAUCGAGACACAGAAUGCUCACGGCCUAACAUCUGCCCCUAUGAGCGCACAAGGCAGUAUCAAUGGCUCAGUCACAAAUGGACAAGUUGGCUCGGUGACCUCUGCUCCUGACGCCGUUGACGUUUACAAUGCCGCGAACUUGGUUUACGAGCCUAGCAACAUCCAGCGUCGACAACUUUUCCAACACUGCGCGUACACAAUGCAGAAUAUGCUCGUAUCCCUCGACGAGAAGAACCACGUUAUCUCUACAGCUGCCGAGGCACUCAAUAAACAACUCGCCCGGAUUGACGACUGCUUCCCUUACAUCGAGCUCGAGAUCAGCGAGGAGGCACGAUAUGGCAGUACUACACAUUGGGCAUAUCCCGAGAACCGUGUGCCAAAGGCCGCAAGCUCAAGGAGAGAGCUCGCUACGGUCAAUAAUCUCUCGGCGGCUGCUCAGCAUAUGGCGGAAGAAGCUGCCGCGAGAAGUGACGCGAGGAAGCAGGCCCUACUUGAGAGAAAGAAGCAGAAGAAUCAACACCUCGAUUCCGACUUCGACGAUCACCACGAUGGCAGACACAAGGAGAAGAAACUUCACGGGAACAGUAAGGCAAUUCGCAAGGCCGCUGAAUCCUCUUCGAGUGUUGGGUUGGGCAUAACGAAUGGUGCUGGAACAAACGGCAAUGCUCCGAAGCGUCGUAAACUGGCCGAGAAAGGACCUGCUGCAGGGGCGGGCAUGGAGCGAUCGUUGAGCUCAGUGUUUGGCAGUAAUGGAUCAGUGACGAAGAAGGCGGCAAGUCCCAGGGAAACGCCAGGGCCUGAGGGCAAGAAGCGGCAGAGAGCAACGGGUGCGACUAAUGGACAGACUAGAAAGAGAAACAACACGGUCACGUCCACCGCGAUGUCUCCAUCUUUGGCCUCCUCUCCCAUCCGAACCACGUUCCCCGAAUCUAAGUUGGCACAAAAGUCCUCUCCUCCACCCACGAAUGGCGGCAGACCACAAUCGUCGAGGGCCAGACAGAAUUCGACACACUCCAUGGAGAAACCACCUUCGUCCGUAGCCUCCAAGCCAAAUGGCAGUGUAGUUGGAACACCAGACCUUGGGGCGGCGGCAACCGUCACGGGACGGAGUGUCCCCGAAGUCAAAGCAACAACGAAGGAAACAGCAAACAACUCGAAGGGAGACCAUUUGUUGGAAGACAUCGAGCAAGAUAAACCGGAGAUGGUUGGCGGCCUCGUUGUCGGCAACCGGAAAGAUAGUUUGGCCAAACGUGAGGAAACAGAGCCUAGCGGCGAUGCAAUGCAAGGAAUCCAAAUGCAGAUGACGAUCGUAACCACAAAGAGCGGAAGAGCGAGCAAGCCUUCGACUCCAGCGAUACCUACAUUCCCCGAGCCAGUUCGCUCACGUUCACAACGUAAUACCAUCGAAAACUCGUCGAAUAAGAGAAGUCAUAAGAAAGGUGCUGGGGCAGCAGCCCAGCUCAUCGCCCAGCAAAACUCCGAGAUCGACGAUACGACGAGUAACGCACCAGAUGCUGACGAGGACGGCGAGAUCGACGAGGAUGAACCUACCUAUUGUUAUUGUAAUGGGGUCAGCUACGGAGAGAUGGUGGGUUGUGAUGCGGAUGGGUGUGAGAGGGAGUGGUUCCAUCUCGAGUGUGUGGGUUUGAAGGUUGCGCCAAAGGGUAAUGCGAAAUGGUAUUGCGAUGACUGCAAGGAGAAGAUGAAGGGCAAACGCUUCAAUGGUCGAUGAUAUCUCUACUCACCACUCAAAACAAUAAAGGGAAUGGAGAACGGACCGGCACGGCGGCAUAAUGAAAUCUGGGACUAUAGGAGUAUAUUGGGGUUUGAUACUUGGCUGGCUAGCCUUGUAGCUGUUUGCAGGCAUCAAGCUCCUCGAUAUCAUGAUACCUUAUGCGAUCGAGACAUUUUCAGGGCAUAGGUGCGAGGAUAGAAUUGUGUAUGUGUCUAAUAGAUGCAAUGGAUUGAUCUGACGAAAUUGAUGAGACUGCAUCCAUUAUAAAGACGACAGAAUAUCGGGGUGCGAUGUAUCUGCAUGUAUCAAGUGACCAUAGCGUCUUGCGACAAUUUACUUCAAGGCUGGCUGGAGUAUCAUCGAACACACAAUUGAAAAUUUGGGACCGCAAUGUC